UUUGCGCUCGGACCCCUAGCUUCAACUUUUCCAUCUCUUCCGACGGUACCACCUCAUCGACCUUCCCCAACGACAUUCGCCAUGAACAAAUCCACCGCAUUACGUGCCUUCAAGGCAUUUCCGACUUCAUUGUUAACAGUAGCAUGCCGUUCUCCGCUUCCCACCGUUGCUUCGUCGGCAUCUCUGCGACCCUUCUCGAGUGCUGUCCGCGUCUUCGCUGAAUCCAAGACCCCCGAAAACCCCUUAGCAUCUGCACUCGAGGCACCGUUUUCACGCACCAAUGAGUACGCAACAAUGGUACCAAAACAGGCCAACUAUAUGAACAUGGUAGAACAAGAGUGGGAGCCCGACACGCGAUACCACCUGCACAUCUACGCGCACAAGCACAACACACACAUCACCUUCACAAAACCCAAUCGCGAUACAAUCAUCUCCCUUUCAUGCGGAAAUAUUGGGUUCAAAAAGGCCGGCCGAUCUUCGUAUGAUGCUGCCUAUCAAUUAGCAGCAUUUGUCAUAGCAAGAAUCAAAGACAUGGGUCACAUCCCACAGAUCGAGACACACAAGCUGGAGCUGAUCUAUCGAGGAUUUGGGCAAGGACGAGAGGCUGUCACAAAGGCCAUUCUGGGUAGCGAAGGGUCAAGGAUACGAUCCCACAUUGUCAAACUUUCCGAUUCUACGAGGUUGAAGUUCGGAGGCACGAGGAGCAAGAAGCCCAGGAGAUUGGGCUGA